CCUUCCCGCUUCCCGACACCUCUCCUCGCGGUACGCGUCGCAUCGUCGCACCGCAAUACUGUCGCUCUCUACCCUAUCUCUCCCGCUCUAGUUCGCGCGUGCGCGCCUUGGAUCCGUGACCACUCUCCGGAAUGUCUGCCCUCGUUUGGACGUGGGCCAUCGUCGCGGUGGCGCUCGUCUGGGUCGGCCUGCAGCAGAAGUCCAAGAGACUCGCUCUCCCGCCAGGCCCGAAGCGCCUCCCUCUUAUCGGGAACCUGCGCGACCUCACCCUCACCGGUCUCUGGCUCGAGGCCCGCAAAUGGGCCCAACAACAUGGCGAGCUGGUCUACCUGAACGUGUUCGGGCAGGGCCUGCUGUUUGUAAAUAGCUACGAGGCCGCGGUCGACCUCCUCGAGAAGCGCGGCGCCAUCUACUCGGACAAGCCCAAGAUGGUCAUGGCAGGCGAACUGUGCGGGUGCGAGAACAUGAUUGGCCUUACACCCUAUGGCGAGCGCCUCCGCCGCCAGCGCAAACUCAUGCUGCAGGCGCUCGGCGCGAACAGGGUCCACGAGUACCACCCCCUCCUCGAGAUCCAGACCCACAACCUCCUCCAGGGCAUCCUCAACGCGCCCGAUGACUCCCAGAACAUCAUCCGCCGAUACACCGGCGGCCUCACCCUCCUCAUCGUCUACGGCUACCGCGUGCUCUCGAACACCGACCGCAUCCUGGACAUGGCUGGCGAGAGCCUCGAGCUGCUCUCGAACCGCAUUGCCGCUGCCGGCGUCGUCUGGCUCGUCGAUCUGUUCCCACCACUCAAGCAUAUCCCCACUUGGUUCCCCGGCGCCGGUUUCAAGCGUAACGCUGCGCUCUGGAAGGGCAAGAUGGAAGCGUUCGUCAACGUGCCGUACGAGUACACCAAGGACCAGAUGAGGCAAGGCACUGCCGUACCCUGCUACGUCUCGAUGCUUCUCGACGACGCUUCUCUCGAGAACAAGGAGCAAACUGUUGACAACCAGCGCGAUUUCGACAUCAGGUGGACUGCGAACUCUCUAUACGCGGCCAGCUUCGACACCACCAUUUCCGCUGUCUCCCACUUCUUCCUAGCAAUGAUCCAGCACCCCGAAAUCUUGCAGAAGGCCCAGAAGGAGCUCGACUCUGUCGUCGGAAACAGCCGUCUGCCCACCUUCAGCGAUCGCGCGAACCUGCCGUACGUUAACGCUGUCGUGAACGAGACCCUCCGCCUGUCCUCGCCCGUCCCUCUCGGUCUCCCGCGCCGCAUCACGGAGGACAACGUGUACAAGAACAUGUACAUCCCCAAGGGCACACUCGUCUUCGGCAACAACUACAACAUGACCCGCGACGAGGCCGUCUUCCCCAACCCUGAGGAAUUCAACCCGGAACGCUACCUCGAGGAGGACCUGGACGAGGUGACCGCAAAGGCGCGCGACCCGCGCAACUACGUCUUCGGCUUCGGCCGGCGGCGCUGCCCGGGCCAGUGGAUGAUCGACUCGUCGCUGUGGAUCGCGAUUGCGUCGAUGCUCGCGAGCUUCGACAUCCGCAAGGCCGUCGACGAGUUCGGCAACGUCAUCGAGCCCGAGGUCGUGUACGAUAACUCCGUCUUCACGACGCUCAAACCGUUCAAGUAUGACAUCCGCCCGCGCUCCGCGCAAGCGGUCAAGGUCAUCCGGGAAGCCAAGGGCCUCUCGGACUGAUCGCGCCGUCUCCCUUCCCCCUGCCUCUUACACACCCCCACAUCCCUCACCCUCCGCGCAUUUGUACAUCACCAUCACCCCCCGACAAAUUCGCCUCACACUGAAUGGCCUACCCGGGCGGCGCAGCCCGCAGCACGAAGCUCGCGGCACGCGACCAGCCCCGGAGCCGCACCCACACUCGUUCGUUCUUUUCGCAUCCGCGCCUGGUGCCUCUCAGUACGCAAAAGCUGUCUGUCAAGGACCUCGCGCUUGCGCUCUC